AUGAAUCAAAUUCGACCGGAUGAUCGAACUUUGGAAGAAUUAUUUCAAAAAACACUUGCAGCAAUGGAUUUACCAGCGGAUAAAAUGAAAAUGUUAAGAGAAUUUCCAUCGGAUAAAAAAUGGGAUAUUAUACGAGAUCGAGAUCAAGUUACAGCUAAACAUCCACCACAAUAUUAUAUUGAUGGUUUAAAAACGUAUAUUCGUGGUGCUAAUCUUGUACCAAAAGCGUUAACUUUAAAAAAGAAACAACCAGUUGAACCAUCAACUCAAUUACUUUCAAGUUUAGAAAUAUCAUUACGUACGAAUAAUAUAGGAUGGGUACAUGAAUUUCUUAAUACAAACAAUAAAGGUCUUGAUGUAUUACUUGAUUAUUUGAAAACAUCAUUGGAAGUUAUGCGUGAAAUCGAUAGUGCAAAUGAUAAUGAUUUUAUUUUAAAUGGACAUAAUCAUUUAUUAUCGAAUUCAAUGUUAAAUAAUGGAAAUCAUAAUUAUACCGAUGAAAAUUCAACUACGAAACGUUCAACAUUAGGUCGAUCGGAUGCAAGACGUUUGCAUAGAAAAAUCAAAAAAUAUCAAAUCGGUGAAGCUACUGAUGAUGUUAGAUUGUGUAUUAUGUGUCUUAGAGCAAUUAUGAAUAAUCAAAAUGGCUUCAAUCUUGUUAUUCAACAUCCAUCUGCGUUGAAUUAUAUCACACUUAGUUUACAACAUAAAAAUUAUCGUUGUAAAGCACUUAUUUUGGAAUUACUUGCUGCUGUAUGUUUGGUUGAAUUAGGACAUGAUGUUAUCCUAGCAGCAUUCGAUAAUUUCCGAAUUGUUUGUCAUGAAAGACAUCGUUUUGAAAUAUUAAUGAAAUCAUUUACUCAACCGUUAGAUUUCAAUGUUGAUUAUAUGAUUGCAUGUAUGCAAUUUAUAAAUAUUAUUGUACAUUCGGUACAAGAUAUGAAUUAUCGUGUAUAUUUACAAGAAGAAUUUAAAUUACUUGGUCUUGAUGAAUGUCUUAAAAAAUAUUUGGAAAUUCACAGUGAAUGUGAUUUAUUUAUAUUACAAAUUCAUGCUUUUCUGGAUAAUUAUUUUGAUGUUGGUCAAUUACUUGAAGAUUCAGAAACGAAAGAACAAGCUAUUACAAAAGUAUCGGAAUUAGAAGAACAAUUAAGUAUUGCAAAUGAACGAAUACAUGAUUUAGAAAAUGGAAAUUGUAGUAAAAUGGCGGAAUUACAAAAGGCAUUAACUAGUGCUGAAGAACAGAUCGAAAAUGUCAAAAAAGAACGUGAUGAUAUGUCACAUACAUUGAAUACAUUAAGAAGAAAUCAACAUGACAGAGGAUCACCAAAUAGUUCGACAUCAUCAAUUUCAUCAGCUCCUCCUGGUGCACCAACAAGUACAUCAAAUACUGCAUCGAACAUACCACCUGCGCCGCCAAUGCCGCCACCACCAAAUUUUAUUCCACCACCUCCACCGCCAGGACCACCUCCACCAAUGUUUGGUAUUCCACCACCUCCACCAGGUAUGCUUGAACCUUUACCAGGUUCAAUGACAAUAAAAAAGAAAAUUCAAACAAAAUAUAAACUACCUAAUCUUAAUUGGACAUCAUUAAAACCUGGACAAGUGCGUGGUACUGUUUUCUCUGAACUUGAUGAUGAGAAAUAUUUCAAAUUAAUCGAUUUUGAAACAUUCGAAGAAUUAUUUAAAACAGGAUCUGGUCUACCGAUUAAUCAAGCAAAUGUUAGUCCACAUUCACGACAAAAAUUUAUCAAAAUUCCAGAAAGUUUAACAUUACUCGAUCCACAACGACAGAGAAAUUUAGGUAUUGCUCGACGAAAACUUGAUCUUAAUGUAAAUACAAUAGGACGAGCAUUGAAUAAUCUUGAUUUAAAAAUUUUAACAACUGAUACAAUUGAUAUUUUACAACAUUUUAUUCCAACUGAAACAGAAAUCAAAGCAUUUACAUCGUAUUUAUCAGAUGGAAAAUCUAUAACAAAUUUAUCUGAUGAAGAUCGAUUUCUCUACGGACUAUCAAAAAUCGAGAGAUUAUCCCAAAAAUUAAAUGUUAUUUCAUUUAUGGCUAAUUUUAAUGAUAUUAAUCAAAAUUUAAUUCCACAACUUAAAGCUGUUAUAACAGCAUCAUUAUCAUUAAAAAAUAAUUCAAAAUUUAAAAAACUUCUUGAAAUUGUACUUGCAUUUGGUAAUUAUAUGAACAGUAGUAAACGUGGACCAGUCUAUGGUUUUAAAUUAUCAAGUUUAGAAAUUUUAACUGAUACACGUACACAUGAUAAACGUUUAACAUUACUCCAUUUUAUUGUUCAAACAAUUGAAGAAAGAUUUCCUGAUAUAGGACGUUUCGAUACAGAUCUGCAAGCAGUUGAAAAAGCUGCACAAGUAUCAUUGGAAAAUAUUCAGAUUGAUGUUCAGGAUCUAACACGUGGUUUAGAUAAUGCUAAAAAAGAACUUGUUAUUCGGCAAACAAUGAAGAAUGUCGAAACACGUCCAUUAGAAGAAUUUCUUAAUAUAGCUCAAGAUAAAAUUGAUCGUUUGGUGAAAGAUGCUAAAUCAGCACAAGAUUCAUUUAAUCAAUGUGUGGAAUAUUUUGGUGAACCACCACGAACACAAACUCCAUCGAAUUUCUUCUCAACUUUUGUUAAAUUUCAACGAGCAUAUCAACAAGCACAUCAUGAAAAUGAAGAACGAAAACGUUUAGCUCGUGAAGCAGCUGCAACACUUGAACGACCCAAUAAACGUCAAAUAAAUAAACGUUCACAGGAAGAACUAUUAAAUGAACUCAAAGGCCGAAAAGAAGCAAUCAAAGAUCAAAAAUUAAUUAAACGUGAAGCAUUAACAGAUGGUACUAUUGAAACCUUAUUAGAUGAUCUUAAAAAAACACCAUAUUUACGUGCUGAUGCUGCUCGUCGAAAUCGUCGAAAAACUCAAGAACUUAUGAAACAAAUAAGUCGUGAUGUUCUUGGUAGUGUUACAAAUGGAACGAAUAAUAAUAAUAAUAAUAUUUCGACUGAAGUUCAUUUUUAA